UUAUUGAUUAUGUGUCAUGUUGUAACGUAAGGUUGAAAGAGAGACGAUAAUAUCAUUAAGAUUAUCAUAAUAAUGAAUGAACUGGUCGGCGAAAUUUGGUCUACGCAAAGACGUGAUUUCAACGCAUUUAAGAUUUUUCUUAAAACGUCAUGAAUAUGGAAAUACAGAGUGUGUGUCGUUAACAACAUGCUUUAAGGACAAAAUAAUGCGGGCCGUUUCAAACAUUAGUUGAAAACACGUAACUCUGAUCACAUCUGUAACGCGCAUGCGCAAGUUCUUAGACGCUUGCACCGGGAGCAGAGCGACGUGAACGGGCUGAUACAACCACGGCUACCGGCCCCAAUACUCUGUUCCUGUGGAUGGAGGUUACAUCUGAUGGAGUUUGUCCCUGCAGUUGUCCUGCCUUACACCUGGUGUACUACUCUGAAUAUUUGAAUAAUUUCUGUCGUGGUCUUGUCCAGCACCGUGAGUGUAGAUGGCCACGUCCUGGCAGUGUCUGACAACAUGUUUGUCCACAACAACUCUAAGCACGGCCGAAGGGCCCGCAGACUGCAGCCCGGCGAGUCUGUGGAGAAUACUAUGGAAUAUGCCACCCCGUGCAUCAAAGCCAUUAGUCCCAGUGAGGGCUGGACCACCGGCGGGGCGAUGGUCAUCGUCAUUGGGGAGAACUUUUUUGACGGCCUGCAGGUGGUGUUUGGCAGCAUGCUGGUGUGGAGUGAGUCUGCAUGCAUGCAAUCUCACUGUGAGCUGCUGUGAGAACCUGGCAAAGAAUAUCAACCCAUCACAAGUUAGAGAGCUGGACCUGUCCAACAACAACCUGACAGAUGCAGGAAUAACACUGCUCUCCACGAAACUGAAGAACAGCAAAUUGGAGAAACUCAGACUGAGGAGCUGCAAUCUAACACAGCACAGCUCCGAUGACCUGACCGCCGUCAUCAGCUCAGCCUCCUGCCAGCUUAGAGAAUUGGACCUAUCUGACAAUGACUUGCAGGACGUAGGAGUCAAAACGCUCUCUGGUGGACUGGAGAGUCCUCACUGUAAACUGAAGAUACUCUCUGUGUCCUUGUGCAGAGUGACAGAGGAAGGCUGCACUUUCCUGGCAUCAGCUUGGAACUCGUCCAGUAUGAGAGAGCUGGACCUGAGCUACAACCACCCGGGAGAGUUGGGCGUGCAGCUUCUGUCUGCUCUGAUGGCCGACCCACAAUGCAGCCUGCAGAAACUCAGUGUGGAGCAAUGUGGUGAAUCCAGGAUUCAGCCAGGUCCAAAAAAAUACACCACCAAACUCACCCUGGACCCGAACACGGCACACAGGGACCUCUCUCUGUCCGGAGGAGACAGGAAAGCGAGGCGUUGGACCAAGCAGCCUUAUCCUGAUCACCCGGAAAGGUUUGAAUUUUGGACUCAGGUGCUGUGCAGGGAGGAGCUGACCGGCCGCUGCUACUGGGAGCCAGAAUGGAGCGGGAGAGCUGUCACAGGAGUAGCCUACAAAAAGAUGUGCAGGACGGGAGAGGGUCGGGACAGCUGGUUGGGGAAAAACGACUGUUCCUGGGCACAGAGCUGCACCAAAGACGCCUACAGGACCUGGCACAAUGACAUGAGCACUGCUGUAACCAUCCCACCCAACUCCAAUAAGGUGGGGGUCUAUCUGGACUGGUCAGCGGGGAAACUGUCCUUCUUCACGGUGUCCUGUGGCACACUGACGCUGCUCCACACCUUCCACACGACCUUCACUGAGCCCGCCCAGCGUUCAGACUUGGCUGGGUGGACUCCACGGUCUACCUGUGCUAGGAGGAGCAGCUGAGAUGAGGAGUUGGAUCCAGGUGAAGAAGACUGCGGCGGCUGAAGCUGGCGGAGCAGCAGGGCGCCGCUGCGUACGUUGGCCCGUCACUGUGUUGGAUAAAAGCGUCGCAUUCACUGAUGUCUACGCAUCGUCAAUGACAGUGCGGGCCGCUCCCCUGGCCUGCGUUUGAGCUCUGCCGCGUGUAGAGACACGCUCACACAUAGAUAUAUGUAUGUGUUUUAUUCACAUGGAAGGAUUCCAGCCUCUCUGGGAGGAAGGCAGCCGCUGGGGCUGUGCAGCCGGCUGGCAGCUCCGUCUAGCGGGGCCACGAGUCAAACACAAUUCAUGGGCUGCUCUGUGCUUGGGAUGCAGCAUCUAUAACGGGGGCAUGUCGUGCGUUCAGCUUCGGGGCGUGUGUGGGAAACAGGGUCCUUUGGCGCCAUCGUGUGGCGGCGGCGGGGCGUUGCAGCACCAGAGGGCAGCGGGAGUAGAAACGUCCACAGCGCACGUCGUGUGGCUCAGUCAUCGAUCGCGGCGCUGCAACGCGACUGACUUUCAUCCGGGUGUCUUGAUCGGUUCGAACGGGGGGGGGGGGGGGAUUCCACUUUUUUGUGACAGCAGAGCAUAGACAUGUAUAGAAAGGCUAGAUUGCUCAAGGCGAAGUCAGCUGUGUCGUCACUUGGCGGCCAUCUUGGGUCAGGAGACUGCGCUGCUGUGGACGGAAGGUUUCCCAAAUGUAGCGAGCGCCGGAGACAGUGGGAGCGUGCCCUGAGAAGGGAAGGUUUUGUGGCUAAUGACAGAACACUGCUCUGCAGCGAACACUUCAGAAAUGAAGAUUUGGACGGGACAGACUAUCGGAUUCAAAGCUGGAGCUGUUCCAUCUGUCUUCAACUUCCCUGCUCAUCUUCAGAGGCCGGUAGCACCAAGAAGCACAAACGCUUCAAGAAAAGCAGGAGAAAACCAGCCCAUGUACCCCGAGCAGGAUCAACCUCCACCUGAUGUU